AUGAUGCUGAACAGAUUGAAACCACAGGCAGAGAAGAUCAUUGCCGAAGAGCAGGCAGGCUUUAGAGCAGGGCGCAGCACAACAGAACAGAUCUUCAACCUCAGGAUACUGUGUGAGAGGCGUGACUGUGAGACUUCACUUUUGUGGAACCAGCAGCUUAAGAUAUCAGAAAUGUCUUCGAUAGACUACAGCCACACUCCAUUGUUUGAACAAGACAAGGAACCUAUGAUAGACGAGGGUGUCUUCAACGUUUUAAACAUCGUUAUCUAUGUCGUUGCCCUAGGAAUAAUCUGCUUAUUUGGCAUUAUAUUCAACGCGAUCAACAUUUACGUGUUUUUCAAGCAAGGAUUCAAAGACACCGUCAACAUCACUCCUUUCAGUCUGGCUGUUUCCGAUAUGGGAAAUGUAGUAACGCUCCUGUGGAUGAGUGUCUGCUUCAACCCUUUGUUCGCCCAAUCUAUUCUGCCUGUGGUUUAUCAUGACCUGGCCUAUAUAACAUCUGGGUGGCCUCACACUAUUUUCGCGCGGAUCUCCAGCCUGAUCACAGCCUUCGUCACAUUUGAGAGGUGUCUGUGUAUCGCUCUGCCCCUCAAAGUGAAGACAAUCAUAACACCGAGACGUACUAUUUACGUAAUUGUUAGCAUAUACAUAGGUUUGGCUGUUUGCGCUGCUCCUGCGUUCUACUCUGUCAGUCUGGGGCCAAAACAUGAUUCAGAAGUAAACAUGACCAUGUUAGGAGUAGUUUAUAUCCCCAACGGCGUUUUUAUUGAGGGUAUAUCUCUUUACAUCAGCGCUUUCUCACAGGUUGUUUCAUUCUUCUCAGUAAUCGUGUGUACGGUAAUCCUUGUCCAAAACCUUCUGAUCAAAUCAAGAUGGCGCAAGUCGAGUUCCAGCACCGCAAAGCAGGAAUCUGUAUCGAAUAGAGACAUGAAAGUUGUGAAAAUGGUUGUGUCUAUUGCCGGUAUCUUCAUAGUUGGUUUCUCUCCCAGUGUUGCCAACAUCUUUACGAUGUUGGCCAUCCCAGAUUUCAACUAUUACGGGGAAUACCAUCAUAUCUAUGUGAUCGUAUGGGGUAUAAGUUUUCUACUGGUAACGACAAAUUCAGCGGUGAAUAUAUUUGUGUAUUACUACAUGAGUUCGAAAUUUAAAGAAAUUCUCGACGACACGCUCAAAAAAGUGAGAGGGAAAUGUUGUGUGUGA